UAUAAUAAUAUAUAAUAAAUAAAAAAAAAAAAUUAAUAAUAAUUAUAAAAAUGGAAUAUAGACUUUUUGGUAAUACAGGAUUAAAAGUAUCUGCAAUUAGUUUUGGAAAUUGGUUAAAUAGUGAUAAACCUGAAUGGUAAGAAAGAACUACUUAAAUGGUAAAAUUAGCUUAUGAUCUUGGCAUAAAUUUUUUUGAUACUGCUGAAAUGUAUGGAUUUGGAGAAGGGGAAAGAUAAUUUGGAAAAGCUUUUAAAGAUUUAAAUUUGCCUAGAGAAGACAUUGUAGUUUCUUCUAAAAUAUUUUGGGGAGAUUUUAAGAGUGUUAAUUAAUUAGGAUUAAACAGAAAGCAUAUUAAAUAAGGAGUGAAAAAUUCUUUAAAAAAGCUUUAAUUAGACUAUAUUGAUAUUAUAUUUUGUCAUAGAUUUGACGAUGAAACUCCCGUAGAAGAAAUUGCAAGAGCUUUUACUGAACUUAUUUAGGAAGGAUUAAUUCACUAUUGGGGAACUUCAGAAUGGAGUGCUGCUAAUAUUUUUGAAAUAAGAGCAAUUUGUGCCGAAAAAAAUCUUAUUUAACCAUCUGCUGAAUAACCUUAAUAUAAUAUGUUUGUUAGAGAAAAAUUUGAAGCAGACUAUGCAAGACUUUUUGAUAUUUAUAAAUAUGGAUCUACUGUUUGGAGUCCUUUAUGCGGAGGUAUUUUAAGUGGAAAAUAUAAUGAUGCUGGAAUUCCUGAAGGAGCUAGAUGGGAUAUGUUUUCUGAAAAUGCUUUUCUAUAAAAUGUAUGGGAAACUCAUUUUUCUCCUUAGAAUAAAGAAAAACUUAUAAAAACACUCUAAGGACUUAAUCAAUUAGCUAAAGAAUUAGGAAUAACAUAAGCUUAAUUAGUAAUAUCAUGGGUAAUUGCAAAUAAAAAUGUAUCAACAGCUAUUACUGGAUCUACUAAACCAGAAUAAUUAAAAGAAACUGUUUAAGCUGUUUAAAUUUAUAAAAAACUUACGCCUGAAAUAUUACAAAAAAUUGAAAACUUGCUUAACAAUGCACCUAAAUCUAAUGUCAACUUUAAAGUAUGGCCAUUCUAAGAAAAACCUAGAAGAAGAUGAAAAAAAUAUUAUUUUAUUUAUAUUUAAAUAAUGUUUUCUUUAAUUUUUAAAUAUCUUUUUUUAAUU